UACGAGCAAAAUACGCGAUGUGUGCAACUGCUUUGAGCAACAGAGGCAGACUGUUCAGUCCUGGAGUACUUACACCCGGUUUUCGCGAGAGAGUUCAUUAGAGAGUCUGUAUUACCGGUAAUUACAAGUCAUGUUUCAUUCAGCAAGGAUAUCUUAUAUCGAUACAGUUGAGGGUAAAAAGAUUAAUUAUCAAGGGUCCGACAACUCUUCUUAAAACCAAGGCCCUGUCUUCCUCUGUGGUGUGGUGACCUAGUUACUGCGAGUGUAAUCCCCCAUUGUGCUUCCUUUUAUCAUCUCAUUUUUCUUUAAACCCUGAGGAAAUUUUGAUCAGUUUCGAUUGCCAAGGAGUAGCUUACACUCGCUGUUGUGAGGUUGGGUUGUCCGUUAAACCUUGUAAUUUCAAGUUCCUUCAUCCCUUGGGUCUCUGCUUGCAUUGGUUGCAUGCUUUAAAUGUCUACUUUUAAUAUUUGUACAAGGAGUUCAAUCAGAAGAAUGGAGCGAAAAAGCAAUCAGCACGAUAACAGCAGAGGAGUGAAAAAGAGAGAGAGGCUUGGGUCGAGUCGUGUUCAUUGCCCCACCCAAGUCUCCCUCACUUUUUCGCUUAGCCGCUAUUAAAUUUGCUAUCGCGCUUUGUUUCACUUACCGAACGCCUAGAAAAGGCUACGGCUUACUUGAUUGAUUUUUUUUCCUUUUACAAAUGUGCAGCAAAUUCUAAGGUGGGAUAACUCGUGUGUCAUACACAACAUCAAUACUGUAGGUAGCGGAAAGUUUCAGAGGGGUACACUUUCCUUGGUUAAAGCUCUAAUCAUGGUUUUCGUUGGAGCAGCAGUUCUGCCUCAUGGAACAAUGAUAUUUGAUGGUGCUCCUAACUCAGAAAGCGCCGCAUGCCGUAAAAGGAAUUCCACAAUGCCGGCAGAGCUCAUCAAACAAUGCUCUGCUUUGUACUCUUCUUGCGAGCAGGCAGCCGACUUGCUGGCGAAGAUGAACCCUGAAGUCGUUCUGCUUGUAACUCCGCAUGGAUUAUCCUUGUCAUCUGGCUCGCUUGGUAUCUAUAUGGCCACCGCUGCACAGGGAAAUGCUCUGUGGAAUGACGAGUGGCGAGAUAUAGAGCUGAAUGUUCCGUUAGAUUCUCAACUCUCUGCUCAUUUGCUCGAGUUUGUUCAGCGGAGAGGGAUUAAAGCAGAUGGCAUCAUAACGUUUUCCAUGAUGGAGGCACCGAUAAGGUGGGGUGAGGUUGUGCCUUUAUGGUUUAUUGACAGGAAGACUGACUCGGAUAACGUGAAAUACAUGAUUGCGGCUACUGCGAGAAAUACAGAAAGUUUAGAUGUGAUUGGGAAGGCUCUCCACGACUUUGUUUCAGGUCUUGAUCAGCGGGUAGCUGUAAUAAUGAGCGGAGAUCUAGCUCACACGCACGAGGCAACUUGCAAUAUUCCACUGUAUUUGCCAGACCCUAGAUCCAACUUGAAACCUACAGAAAUUGCAGCAGAAUUUGAUAGGAUGUGGGAGAUGUGGGCUAGGGGAAUACCAUAUAGUGAUGAUGUGUUGGAGGGGACAGAUCACUUGGAUGAGGUUCACCCGUGGGUGGCUAGUCAAUGUUCACCGUGGCUGGACAGAAUUCUUGAAGACAAUCCAGUAGCCAAGGCUUGUGGCAGGAGGAGCAUUCCAAUUCUCCACAGUAUUUUGGAAAAGGAAAGUAACGAAGGAGGUAACAUCGUAUCGCACUUCUUAGGCCGUUGGGCUCCUACGUACUAUGGAAUGAUGACAGUUGUAUUCAGAGUAAAUAAGUAACACUUGGUGCGAGCGAAUAAUCAUUUUGUUGUUUUAGUCUCGUUCCUCGAAUAAGCUACUAAGCUACUUUAGAAUUGACUCCGGCGCCCCAAGAGUCGAGGGGAGCUUGUGAAAUCUUCUUUUAACAAGCUUUGGUUUCUUUUCGUUUAGGACUAGUAGACUACAACUGAUAUUCAAAUAGGCACAUGGGGAUAUAGCGACAAUAUAUUGCGAUCUUCUCGUGUAAAAGGGGCGGGGGUGGUAGGGUAUACAGUCGUUUCGUAACCAGGUUGAGUCAGUUCGUAUCCGAACCGCGGGUCGAUUCGUACCCGUCCUAAUGCUCAUUCAUUGUAAAUACCUUGCGCAUGAGUGCGUGAACAUAUGUCACUUGUUGCCAAGGACAAGUUAGUGGAGUCAAGCAAAAGAAACACGAGUACAUAUGUGCCUGAUGGAAAUAUUCUUUCAAUCAGUCGUAUGUCUCCCAGACCCCGCAUUUUUGGUUCCAGGCCUGAGAUUCUGUGGUCGAGUAUCAAAAAUGGAUGCCACGUAAACAAAACUUAUUUCGCGCAGGUAAUAAACAUAAGAAACCGACCUGACUUUAACAGACUUGACACGGAAAACAUACUAUUUUCACAAAUAAAUAAAAGAAACAACAGGAUGGUUAAAGGUUUUUUUUUUCAUUUUUUUUUAAUAUCUACAAUUAAAAAACUCUCUCAAAUGUUUACAUUGUGAUUCUUCAGCGAAAAUAAAAGUUAUAUUAAUUUU